UUUAUACGAAAACAUGUCAGCCCUACUUAAGCACGGCUCUUCUUUGUAAGCAUCCUUAAAGGGCAAAAAUAAAAAACACAGUCCCUCUCUCUCUCACUUUGUGUCUUGCAAAAAUGUCUGUUUCAACUUCUUCUUCUUCCUCCUCAAGAACUCAAAAGAUUGGCAUAGUAGGCUUUGGCACCUUCGGCCAGUUCCUGGCGAAGACCAUGAUCAAACAAGGCCAUAUUUUGCAGGCAACUUCUCGUACUGAUCACUCUCAGCUCUGUGAUCAGUUGGGUAUCUCAUUUUUCAGGGACAUGCGUGCAUUUGUUGAAGCUGAUAACGAUGUCAUAUUGAUAUGCACAUCGAUUCUAUCUCUAUCCGAGAUCCUCAAGUCACUGCCGCUCAAUUUCGUAAAACGGCCAACGCUUAUUGCCGAUGUUCUUUCUGUCAAAGAGUACCCAAGAAACGUUCUAUUACAAGUGUUGCCGGAAGAGAUGGAUGUGCUUUGCACUCAUCCCAUGUUUGGUCCAGAGAGUGGGAAAGAUGGGUGGAAAGAUCUCACUUUCGUGUUCGAGAAAGUCAGGAUAAGGGAUGAGGAAACCUGUUCAAGCUUCCUUCAGAUCUUUGAAAGUGAGGGUUGCAAAAUGCUGGAAAUGUCUUGCGAAGAACACGAUAAAGCAGCAGCCAAAAGCCAGUUUCUUACUCACACAAUUGGCAGGGUUUUAUCAGAAAUGGAGAUACAGUCCACACCCAUGAACACAAAGGGGUUUGAGAAACUUCUACAAGUGAAAGAGAGCUCUGUUAAUAAUAGUUUUGAUCUGUUUAGUGGGCUGUUCAUCCAUAACAAGUUUGCCAUGCAAGAGCUGCAGAAUCUAGAAUUUGCCUUAGGAAAAGUCAAAGAGAAGCUGCUAAAGAGAAUGGAGGAGACGAGUCUGAAUGAGCAUAAACUGUGAUGUAAACAAGACUUGUAGACAGUAAUGCACAGAUAAUUUCCAGCUCGCUAAUGAUUUUUAUUUUCUUUUUUUUCUUCAAUGAUGCUCAUGCCCAUGUAAUCCAAAGAUAAAAACACACAGCUGUAUUGAACUCUUGUUUGAUAAUGAUUAUCAAAGGCACUA